AGAUUCGCAAAUUGUAGUAGGAUGCGCAUCUUCCUGCUCGGCUCAGCGACAUAGAAGAGUCGAAUUUUCCAAAACGUGGUUGUACUACGGCGAAUUUUUCGCAAAUGAACAUUUCGACCGCCGCGUCCGGCGGAGCAACCGGAUCGUCGGCCGAUCCUCCGAGCCGCGGCAUCUUGAAGUCGCCUUCUUCGAAGUUUGGAAAACCGGACCUACUUACCGUAGACCACCAGGACACUUCCACACAACAAGCUACAACAUUCGCUUCUCGCUCACCCACCUUCGCGGGCGGAAAUUCUGCCGGAAGCCCCACGACGCGCCUCAUGUCCGGCACCUUUUCCGCGAGCCGCAACGCCGCUGCUGCAGCGGCGGCGGCAGACGACGGCCUAGAGACCGACUCCUCGUUGCUGGAGUCCGUGCGCACCGGCUUCGUGCAAGGGACCAUCCACCACGGGGUGCAUUUCCAGAACUUGACAAAGUUGUUGAAGCGCGUCCAGCUGUUCCGGGAUUUAGAGCCGGAUUCGCUGACGUCGCUGGCAAUGCACGCCGAAUGGGAGCGGUUCCACAACGGGAAGUGCAUUUUCAAGCGCAACACGGAGGGCGAAAAGUUCUACCUGGUUUUGUCGGGCUUGGUGGGGAUAUGCAUUGCAAAAGCAUCGUACUAGUAUAAAUCGCAAUACAAAUUGGCCUAGCAUUACAAAUUAAAUUUGUAAUGCGGUUUUAUUUACCUUAACACGGAGAUUUGUAAUGUUGCAGAAUUGCGAUUACUACGAGUACGAUACUUUUGCACAGGAUAGGGGAUCCACAUGCUGGGCGGCAAGUACCGGGUCGAGAGCCACCACAUAGAGCAGCAGGCGGGCAACUCGCAGCAGGCGGGCAACUCGCCGCACUCGCCGGACCAUAAGCAUCAGAAGCACGAGGACGCCAGCGUGACCGCGAUCCUCGCGCCCUUCCCCGACAACGUCAAGCACAAGGUGCGGAAGCAGGUGCACAGCAACGAGACUGAAUACGGUCAGUUGCUGAAAUUGUUGCGGCCCACGGAGUACUUCGGCGAGCUCGCCCUGCUGUCGGAGGCCAAGCGGACGGCGAGUGCGGUGUGUGCCACGGACGUGGACUGCUUGGUGUUGCGGAAGUCCGUGUUCAGCAAAGAAAUGGACAAGGCCACUGUGGAAGAGAGACGGGCAAAGGUUGCCGAUUAAUAUUGAUGAUUGAGCUUUGUUUUGGUCGAGCGAGUUUCAUGUCGCAGCGUCUGGAAAAAGAUAAAAAAUAAAGAAAAAAGUGUUAAAAAGUACUUGUAUGGCCUUGGAAAUACGAAAAUGUUCUCAGCAACGGAUAAUAAAUUCCAGCUACUUCUGUUCACAUGCACAUCAGAUCCAGUUCCUAAGCUCCCAGCUGCUGCAGGGGUUGGACAUGAGUACCUCGGACCUGACGCGCUUGAGCUACGUUUUGCAGGCCGAAACGUAUCCGAAGGGACACAUCUUCGUGGACCCGGCAAAAACCAACUACGCCGAACGGCAGGCCGAGAACGCCAAACACAAGACCCAACUGCAGGAGCAGCACAAUAUGAACCCGACGGCCAUGAAUACGCUGGCGAACGCAAACACUGCGCAGCAGCAGGGGAUAAACAUCAACAACAUCUCCUCGUCCGGCGGAAUCGGUACCUUCAAGAGGGUGGCGAUGCUGGCAAAAGUGGCUAGCGCGCUGGGCUCCUCACCGCCACGCAGCGCGGGCGGGGCGAGCAAUGCUAUGUUCAACACCCCGCACAGAGGCGCCCACGGCGCUUCCUCGAACCUGUUCGGCUCUCCCAAAUCCGCCACGGCGAAUCGCAACGGCGCGAAUGCAACCGCGCAUCAAGACCACAACACCACCUGCAUCUGGUUUGUUCGGUCCGGCGAGGCCGUGUUGCAAAAGUACAACCCCGAGCUCAGUCGGACCCGCUCUUCGGAGCAGCUGAUGGAGAUGACCAGCGGAACCACGGGCAGUGCGAGCGCAACGGGCGUCGGCAGCGGCGUCCGCAGCGAAUACACAAAUGUCAGCAUUGUUUCGUCUGGGACAAUCAUCGGCGGGUACUCAGUCCUGUUCAACGAGCCGGACCCCUACCGGGUUGUCGCGCACACCCAGAUCCACGUCUUUUCCAUCACCCUGAAAAACUUCAUUUACUUCCUGCCCCCCGCAGCUGCUGACUACCUCAAGCAGCAGUACCUGACCCGAUUGGGGUGGUAAGUACAACAGCCAGCUAGUGCAUUAAAUGAGAUUCUCAAAUAAAAAUAUGAAUAAUGAUCUGCAUAUAAGCCUUUUUCUUUGAGUAACUGAAUAGAUGAACCGGAUCAGUGCUGUACUAGAGUCGUGCUUUUGUGUCGUGCCUGGGAGAACGAAAAACUCCUACCCUCUCUCUGUACCUACAACAGGCACAAGGACCGGGAGCAUCCCGACAAAAUGCUGCCGACAUUGCUCUCCUUCGAUAAUAAAGCGGACAGCAGUCCGCGCAAGAAGACCGAGAAGAAUCAUGGAACUUCCAGUACAGCCGCCUCCACUUCGUCAACCAGUGUGAGUUUGAGUCCAAGUAAGAAGCGACCCGCAGCCAGCUCACUGGGUGCUUCCUCGCCAAUGACAGCAGGUCAACUUGCCGCUUCGCCCGAUGGAAAGGUGAAGCAAAAAUCGCUGCCGGCACAGCAUGCAGCUUCGAAAUCUAUUAGCGCCGCUUCAUCUACUGCUCCGCCGUCUUUACGGCCAUGGCAGCAGCAGGAAGUGGACAGAUCGCGCGGAAACGAGCAGGGUGAUGUCGAUGACCAUUUUUACAACAGCGAUCCGAAAAAAAGCGGACCUGCUGGAAGACGCGCUCUCUCCUGCGGAGACUACGACCGAAUUUUGCGACAACAGUCGAUGAGUAAGUUUCUCGCGCGCGUGAUUCAACCCUACAACGAAAGGUUUAUGUCACCAGAAAGAGCUGCGCACGCGCAGCAAAGGGCGGCAUCAAAUGCCGGAACUGCAAGCGGACAACGACCAAAUGCGGACUCAAGAAAAGAUCUGCUCGAGAAUCUGUCAAACAAGUACAGUCAGACUUCCUCCCUCCUCAGCGACCGCAACAUCGUUCCGAUCUCUCGGCAGGGCACGCGCGGCGGGCAGCAGGUGAUUCCGCAGGGCACGAUUUUGGAGAAAAACAUUCGCCGAACGUGGAAAGGGGACCGCGUGGUGCUCGGCAUGCAAGCGAAUCAGGCAGCGAAGCAGCAGAUUCUGAUGCGGAAAUUCACUGUGCUCUCCGAGAUCGAAAAGGCGCGGAUCAAUCGCCGUUUCUCGCACAUGUCCACCGUUUUGGACCUGACCGCGCAGCAGUCCGCCGGUGACCGAUCGGCGAGCGGCCAGACGCUCAGGCAGUUGCUGGCGAAGGCCGGAAUCACACAGAUUCGAGUCGGGGUCAACAAUGGCCGCAGUGGCGAUAGUAGAGACGAGGAAGACGAGUACGAUCGGCUGCGAGGGGCGUAAGUGGCGCGCAGACGGUUGUAUCACGUGGAGUGCGAAUCGAUUUGUACACUGUCCUUUUUCUUUACGGAAGAGGAAGAGGUAGAGGAUUACUAUUUUUGAUUCCGGCAAUCAAAAGCACUUCGCGAACAAACUUUGGUUUCAACAUCAAUCAUUCUUGAUAUGGCAAUUGCAAUUGCUUAAUGUGUCUGUGUCACCAUUCAAAUUUAGUGUGAAUGUCGUCUCAAAUUUAUCUUUUACUUUAUCAGGAUUCUGUGCAUAGCGUGAUAACCAUAGGCACCUUCAUCUUGGUCGUCUAGGUAGUUACUACACACGUAGUUUUAGUUUCUCUUUUCGCACCAAGAGGUUGGCAAAUUUGAAUUUGUGAUGAAGAAAGUCCGUGCUACUUAUAUACAAAAUGAGAGAAAGCCGAAUUAUGUAUGAUUACUACAUUGCACUGGUGGAAACACCUUCGCCGAAAAAUGUCCGUUUUGAUGUUGCAAUACUAGAAUUUAUUCAUGGCACCACUUUAGAAGCGUAUCGCAUCUGCAAAUGCUACAUUUUCAUGCUGUUUGACGAGUUUUACGAACUCUGUUUACAUAGUCUUAUUUCGGCAAGAGCGUUACUGUAUUCAAGAGCAACUUCGAUUCGCUUCGGAAAUUUGAUAACCCAUGGAUUCUACAUGAGCAUGUGAUAAACACCUGUAGCUUAGUUUCUGAUCGAGCUGACCGUGAUGAAAGAGCACAAGCAGGAGAUUACCCUGCCACGAAUGCGAGUUAU